AUGACAGUAGAGGACACUGCUGCACCCGCCGCUUCAACUCCCAUUGUGCCCGUCGUCGCCUCACCGCCCACCUCGCCGCCGGCCAAGCGUGUUAAGACCAUGUCUGCCGAGCCGAAUGCAGCAACGAUCGCGUUGAUUGCGGAUUCUCUUGAUGCUCCGCCAUAUGUCCCAGCCGCUCCCUCGCCCGACAUCUCGCUGCAGAUCCAGAAGCUGUCGCCCGAGGCUCGCCUGCCGACACGCGGCUCCGCAUUUGCCGCCGGCUACGACCUGUACGCCGCCCGGGCGAUCACGAUUCCGCAUCUAGGCAAAGCCCUCGUCGACACAGAUCUGGCCAUUGCCGUCCCUCCUGGGACGUAUGGCCGCAUCGCUCCGCGCUCCGGACUCGCUGCUAAACACUUUAUCGACACCGGCGCCGGCGUCAUCGAUGCCGAUUACCGCGGUCACGUGCGUGUGCUGCUCUUCAACCAUGACCCCGUCAACGACUUUGCCAUCGCUGCUGGCGACCGUGUCGCCCAGCUCGUGCUGGAACGCAUUGUCACCCCCGACAUCGUCGAGGUCGCCCAACUGGACGCCAGCGUGCGCGGUGCCGGUGGCUUCGGCAGCACCGGCGGCUUUGGCAGCGGUGCCACCGCUCCCCAGGCAUCUGCUUAG